GGGAGGGAGGGAGGGAGGGAAGGAAGGAAGGAGGGACAGCAGCGUCCCCGCGUCCCUGCAUCGCCCGUCCCCGGCCUGCCGGAUGCUGCCGGGGCAGCGGCGAGCCGAGGCGCUGCGGGGCUCCCGGCUGCAGAUGUGCUGUGGUAACCCGUGCCCUGCCAGCAGCUCCUGCCUGCCUUAGCCAGCGUCCUGCCAGCCAUGGCCUCAGCGCCCCAGUGAGGGACAAAAGGACGAGGAGAGAGUGUCCCCAACAGUGCCACAUCCCCUGGGACAGCCAUGGAGGCCCCUCUGGAUGUGCCUGUAGGGAACCUCAUUGACUUUGACAGCGAAACGCCCGCCUGUGACCCCUCAGAGCCGGCUCCCGCUGCCCCCAGUGACAACGGCCACCGAGGGGAUGACAACGGUGACACGGGGGACACAGGGGACGUGGCUGCGGAGGAGAGCGAUGCCACCGAGUCGGCAGACAGCGAGAACGACAUGGGGGGCUCUCCCCAGCACUGGGGCGGCCCCCGGCGCUCCUCGUCCAACGAGUCCCUCUCGUCCGGCCAGAGCGCGGAGUCGGCGCCGCGGGACGAGCGCAGGGAGUUCAUGCGGGGUUACGUGGAGAAGAUCUUCACUGGGGGAGAGGAUUUGGACCAGGAGGAGAAGGCCAGGUUUGGGGAGCUGUGCAGCAGCGAGGACGGGAAGGGCAGGGAGUGGUUUGCCAGAUACGUGAGCGCCCAGCGCUGCAACUCCAAGUGUGUCUCAGAGCAGACCUUCUACCGCCUGAUGCAGUCCUUCGCCCUCGUGCUCUUUGAGUGUCACCAGAUGGACGAUUUCAGCCCUGCCAAGAACCUCAUGACCAUGUGCUUCACCUAUUACUACAUAGGGAAGCCCCAGGCCCUGCCCCUGGAGGCCAAGGAGAAGCCCACGGGCAGCAUCGACUCGUACCUGAAGUCAGCCAACACGUGGCUGGCUGAGAAGAAAGACAUUGCAGAGAGGCUGCUGAAAAACACCUCAGCCAAGACAGAGAACGUCAAGGGCUUCUUCGGGGGCCUGGAGACCAAACUGAAGGGUCCUGGCAGCAAAAGGAGCGAAGAAGGUGAGGACAAACCAAAGGAGAAGCUGAAGAAGACAGUGUCCCUGCAGAGCCCAGAGGAGGAGAAGAAAGGGGAGAAGAUCUACCUGUACAUGCACCUCAAGCAGCAGCCGAUCUGGCACAACCUCCGUUUCUGGAACGCCGCCUUCUUCGACGCCGUGCACUGCGAGCGCAGGAAGAGAUCCCCCACCACCAGAGGGAACCCUGGGGAGGAAGAGGAGAAGAGGGAGAAGUGGUGCCACAUGACGCAGGAGGAGCGCGACGACAGCCUGCGCUUCAACGAGAACAUCACCUUCGGGCAGCUGGGCACCUUCAUCCACAACAUGCUGGCCUUUGGCCUCAACAAGAAGCUCUGCAGUGACUUCCUGAAGAAGCAGGCGACCAUCGGCAACCUGGACGAAGAGCAAUACAAGCUGCUCAGUGACCACAUCGAGCAGAUGGCCCCGGAGUAGCCGCUGGGCAGAGGCGGAGACGGCGGCCGGCCAGGUGGGGAGGGAGAGGAGCCCACCCUGGGGCUACCUGAGACCGCAGCUGGGCUACCGACAAACCAAACCGCACCACGAGCUGCAAUAAAACCUGCAUGAUCGUCCAUCAAACUCUAGAGCUGCCCCAGGGCAGCCUGUAGACAUAGGAGCCAAGCAGCCCCCGCCCUCGCCAGACCCUCCCGCCUCUGUUGUCGGAGUAGACGCUCCCAAAAGUGAAUUUGGUUGGUUAAAAGGCAAAACAAAACACGAGGGGAAGGCAGGAAGAGCGUGGCAGUGCAGCCCCCAGGCGCUGUGUGUGCAGCACUCCCAUGAUGAGGGCUCUGGUGGUAAAUCCAGAGGGGUCCAAGGCUGCCUUUCCCUGCUGGAGUCCCCUCGCUGAUGCUGGAGGUGAUGGCAGGGACCACAGCCAGGAGCUGGGGCUGCCCCCAGCCACCCCUCAGCGAGGUUCUGUGCUGUCUGCAGGGUGGCACCACUGCCUGGGGACAUGGGCAGGGUGGCGCCUUGCUGGGGACAGAGGUGGGGAUGGCAGAGCUCUGCUGCCACCCUCCCUGGGAGCUGGAGGGAAAUCCUUCCCUUGGGAAGCCUUCACCGUGCUGCCUGUGUGGGUUUGCCCCUCUGGGCAGAGGCACAGCACUUUGCUCCAUAUCAUUAGCCUGGAUCAGUAGGAAAAAAGCCAUGGCCUUGGGCAGGAUUGCAGGCAGAGGCAGAGGAGCUCUGCCUGCCUUGGGAGGAGGUGACAAAACCUCAUCCCUCUCCCUGCUGCCCUGUCAGUGCGGGGAUGCUGCUGCGUUGUGACAUUUCCCAAAGCCUCCCGGCACCCUGUGGCAGUAGAUUAAUGUCCUCCUUCCCCAGGCUGCUCCUCUCUGCCCCCUCCUUUGCUCCAGCUGCUCAUCCAUCAAACCUGAAGCAGCCCUGUCCAAAGGACACCUCCUGCUCUGCUCCAGGGGCUGCAGGUCUGUUUUAUCCCUUGGACCUUGGCACGGUGUUUGCAGAGAGGCUGGGGACAUGGGGACAUCUCUGGGGACACAGGGACAUCUCUGGGGACAUGGGGACAUCUCUGGGGACACA